AUGCAUAAACCGUCCCUUGCUCAGAUUGUGUACAAUGCAACCUUCCCACGACCACGGACAAGCGACCCGGCUACUUUCUCUGCUCACCUUGCCCGCCAUUUAGUUCCAGAGGUCCGGGUGGAAACCUCUACUUUCUAUGGGUCUCUCGAUUGCAUUGAGGCCCAAUAUCCUGGCCUCGAUUAUUCCUAUGGACCCCAUCGCAUGAGACUCGGUCGAUUUCCCUGGCAUCGCAAGCUGUUCAAGGUCUUUGAUGACCUUGGUCUGACAGAGGAGGAGAUCUCCUCUCUUUGUCGAUGGGAGGGGACCAAGUCGGCUCGUCAGCGUUACGAGAAGGAACAUGGUGUCACUGUAGGAGACACAACCGCCCAAGGCAUACAACCAGCAGCACCGUCCCCGCUUCCAUCCGUGGAGGUGCAUUUCGACGACGGUCCCGGGGUCGACAUUGGCCCGGGAUCAGUGGUAGAAGAAACAUUUGAAGAUGUCGUCGACAGCGUGGUUGACGACCGAGGUGUUGACUGUACUCCAGAGCCUCGUGGCAACAAAAAGGAGCAAGCAGAGGAGGAAGAAGAUUCAGGCGACGACGAUUUAGAAAGUUGUGGUGUCGAACUAAAUUACCGUCUUCUAGCAGCGACAGCGGCUCGAGAACAGGGCGUUGAUGUACCACUCGAUGAGGACUGGGAGCAGUGGCUGAAAGAAGCCAGGGAGCGAGGAAGUUACGCAGACCUCAUCAGUGCCAUUAGAUCGAGCCAGCCGUUAAGCUUCCUGGCGGAAAUGUCCACUCCAUUGUCUCAUCUCGGUAGGACAAGAACAAGUACACAGAUGCCAGGGUCACUUCGAGAGAAUUACUUUCUUCCAACAUCUCAUCCGCUCUCUUCAGGCACCAUCCGACGCUCCUCUCACCAGCCCUCUAGCGCAGCACGAUAG